UCAUUUGAAAUAUAUCGGCGAUGUUGCAGUUUUAUUUCGCGAUCUAUCUAUCGUUUGUUUAUCGAAAAACAAUUUACUGUUGAAGGUUUUCUCAAUGGUGCUAUUCAGAUAAAUGGAUUUCAUGGAUUUUUUGCAUUUAAGGCGGCAAAUAUUUGUGGAACAUAUAUUAGUGAUGGAAAAUGGAACUCACUGAAAUCGGUAAUGACGGAUGAUGCGAUUGAAAAAGUUCGGAGAAAUUUUAAUUCCUUUACCGAUGAAGAACGUGAAUUAAUGCGAUUUUCCCUUGAUGAUGUCGUUUCUUCAUUUAUUUUUUCUUCUUCGAUUAUUUCAAGGAAUUUUAUACGCGGUUUAAUAGCACGGUCGAUUCAUCCACUUGGAGCAUGGAGAAUAAUAGAAGUGAAUUUUUUCGAUUUCUGCCGCUAG